AUGAGCGGUUUUCUUCGCUGCCUUCCCGUAUGCAGCAUCUGCGGCGGAGGUAGCUUGGAAAAUAACUCCACAAACAGACCCGACGAGGAUGCGCCUUCCGACCUAUACAGGAGCAGGGGUUCUUCGAAGAGCCAGCAACGCUCCAAGCAAGGCCCAGAAGGUGAGGAAGCAAGUCAGAACAGGAAUGCGCAAAAGCUCAAUCCGGGGGAGGAGCAAGGGACUUCUAGUUCAGAAGAUCAACUUGUCCAACUCGAAGCUGGUAAUAUUGUGAAAACCGAUAACGGAAACAAGCAGAACCACGACUCCUCUCUCCACGACCGUGCCUCGACCAAAAACGCGUCACAAAGCAGAAAGCCGUCAAAAGGGAGCAAGCUUGCCGCGUUGAAAAAAUCUCGAUUUCACUACGUGGAAACCGCCAGCAGCCUGGCGGAGCUGUUCGCGGAGGACGGGGAAGACGACUUGGCGUUGAGAUUUAUUUCUCUCGCAAAAGCGUACAGAAGACGAGUUUUGCGAUCGAGAGCAGAAAGUGCAGCGACAGAACUAGUACUGCAGGGAGAUGACGAGGAGAAGCAGACAGCAAAAGCAUUAGGGGAAGAUAGCAGUUCCAAAAAUUUUGAACCUGGCAAAAAGAACCCAAACACUAUUGAGUUUUCUUCCAUCCAGACUGCGUUGGAUCUGCCCCGGUCCGCUAUCGCAGAAAACAGUUACCCGGAGUUAUUGGAACAUUUGAAGAUCGCGCUUCCAAAGGCAGGAGCAGGAUCAUCUCCAUCGGCUUCACAGUCAGACGCUAUCGUUUCGAACGAGGUCGACGCGGCGGACUUUCGCAAGCUGUUCCGGUCCGAGUUGGAGAAGAAACUGAAGGAUAAUAGUGCGUCAGAGGAAAGCAAGCCUGAGGACGACGGCGGGCAGCUCGAUGACAUUGACACUCCUGAAGCCAGCAACGGCGCACACAAAAAUACGACAACUUCUCUGUCGACCAUCGACCCAAAGCGCCUCUCGUGGUUUGCCAACGUAGAAGACGCGAGCUCUUUUCGCCAGCAGUUGUUCUCUUCCGAGGAGAUCCCACCGCCGGUGGCGAAGAAGCGGGAUAGUGGUAUGAUUCGUAACACAUCUGCGGCUGGUGCACCAGGAGGAGAUGAAAAGCUAGAAGAAAGCUUCUCUCUUCCCGACUACGAGAUCGUUUCCGAUUCCGCCAUCGCAGAUCUCUGUUUCUCCCUGCACGGCCAAUGGUUUCUCGAGUCCUUCAGCGCAAAAGCCUUUCAUGAGAGUGCCUCCAAUUAUGGCGAGCUAUCUGUUUCCAUCCCCCGCACGUUCUCCUCUUACCCGAAACAAACUGCCUACAUCUGCGACUGCAGCUACCUGUCGCAAUUCCCGGUGGAGGUGAACGUUGAAAGAUACGGCUCCGUUGCAUUCUUCGACGAGAGGAGGCAAUUAUUGGGCUUCUGGAACUGCGAGGCGCAGCGGUUGUUGCUGAAACCCUUAACCGUGCUAGAGCAGAUGCAGGUUGCGAAGAGAAAGGGAUUGGAACAUCAAAUUGAAAUCCCGGUGACUUCUUUCCAGCAGAAGGAGGAAGAUGUGCGGAAAGUUGCCGUGUGGGACCGGACGAAGUUUCAUUUCCGAUCGUCGCUGUAUGUGACGUUAUUAUUGCGGAAGUUGGUGGCGGCGUUAGUGCAAAACAGCCGGAUGUGCUUUUGUUUGUCGACAACGACAUCAUCGUCAAAUACAGCAGCUGGUGAGCAAGCUGCAGAUGAUCAAGACGCCAGUUCUACUGCACGGAAGAACAAGCAGCAGCUUCUUGCAGCGCUAUUCGAGCCCUUUUACGGCCGCGGGGAAACCGCUGCGGCCAAUAACCGAUCGAUUGUGUCUUUGUUUUCCACUGGGAUUCUGCAGAAACUCCUCGGUUUUUCCGACUCGAGUUUCGCAGAGGUUGUGACGGAUUUGUUCGCCAAGGCGAAAGAAGUUGGGUAUGACGACAUUUCGAAAAAGUUUGCGGAGUUGCUGGCGCAGAUUCAGAUGAAUGGGAACCGGAUUACAAGUAGGACGAGUAAGCAAAUUAUGCCCUCCGCGGCGGACAAGAAACAGAAUCUGAAUCAGAAGCCUGCUGGUGUUCCUGUUGCACCAGCAGCUCCUCGCGAAAUAGUUCUGGAUGGUGGCCUUGACCUUGGGCCGCCGCCCAUUGAGGCUGCUGUUCCUGAGGAUGAAAGCACGGAAGAGCAGGUGCAACUGGAAGAGCAAGAUCACGACCUUCUUCUCGACGUCGAGGACACUGAAGACGAGAAAAUGAGCAACGGCCCGGAAAUUUACAAUUUUGUCACAGCACGACAGGAACGGGCACCUUCACCGAAUUUUUUACUUCCAGGAUCACCUCCCCUGAUGUCGAACCAGCAGAACAAAAGAACAAACCCGCCUCCCCGUCGAAUCAGCGCCAAGGACCAGUCGAUCCAAUCCUAUGUCUUUUCCUGGCUUGUAAGCAACCACGUCCUCAGCAAAGAAGAACCAGAGCAGAAUGAGGAAGAGCCGGCACAUCAGGACGAGGAGGGAACUUCCAGGGGUGGAAUGUUCAUGUUUUCCCCCGAGAUGUUGACAGGUGGUUCCAUCCGUCCUUCCAGCGUCAACCUGGCUGAUGAAAACGGGGAAAUUCGGGUGGAAGAAGCGGUUUUUGUUACUCCGCCAGAGGAUGAGGACAGUGACGAUGAAAGAAUCAGAUUCCCAUCAGAAGACUUCAAAACACCGAGAAGUUUGCCGGCUGUUUCCUUACUUCACCCAGAGAUCGUGCAAUUUGACGUGGAGAUGGCAAGUUUACCACUAGUCACCGACGGAAUGGAGCUGUACCAAUGUUUCAAAAAUUACGUGAAAAGUGUCCUGACUGCUUUUCGGGAAAAGACCGGGAACAGGGAAGUUUUGAAAAAUUGCACCGAGUUUUUGAAUUUGUACGAAACCUACGGAAACGUCGAACAGCGAGGCCCUGUAGCAGCACAAGGGGGCACUAGUUCCUCGAAGUUGAUGAUGAGCAAAAACCCGCCAUCAAGAACUCAACCUCAAACCGCCACUAUAAAACCAAUCAAAUUAAAGCCGAUCGACGAGAUUGAAACGCUUCUCACCGAGAUCUUGUGGCGCCACUGUGUGAUGUUCCAAGACUUAACCUACUUGACCUACGACGCUUGCGGCUCUUCUGGACGCGUUAUCCGUGCCUCCGCGGUUCGGAAGGAGGGCAGCUUGCGCUUUUCCAGCAUUGGGAGUGGGGGAAGGGGAAGUGGAAGCACAGCCACCAACUUCACUUUCCCGACGACCGAUUCAUCUUUCAGCGCAGGAGGUCCAAUGACCAUGACGAACAACCCAUUAACCGUUCACGCAACCGCUAUGCUUGAGUCGAUCUCUAGCCUGUCGCCUUUCAGCGCGACGAGGGCAAUGAGUGCGGCUUUUGUACAACCAGAAUUGUCCCCGAGUCAAAUUUCUUCCCCUUUAGGGAAUCAACGCGACGCAACGAACACACUGAUGGCGGACAAAGAGCAUUACGCGUUGAACCUAGCUCUCAACGCUUUGCUGAUACCGGAGCAGGAUGAAGAUACUAGCAGCAGCAACUCGUUGGUAGAUGAUUCCACCAACACUCGCGCUUCAUUACCAGAAGAAUUCCGGACAGAGUUACAGCAAGUUGCGACCCGGGUCGCAGUUAGAAAUUUACGUCGCAGAGUACCGUGUUUCCUUUUUGACCCAAAGAGGCUCAGCUUUGCCCCACAGUUAAGUUUCUGAAAUUUGUUUUCCAAAUUUUGCUUCAAUAUUCAGAACGCGGACCCUGUGAUUACAUCCUAGUUUUGAUGUUCUGUUGUCCCAGCGGUCGAAGCCGAACACAUGACUUGGGAGUAGCUACCCCUCCCACCAAAAUAGAAAUACACGACGACCAGCUUUCAUUGACCACGACCCGCCUCUGUGUAUGAAAAUCCAAACACAAAUUUUCACUCCGAAAGAUUUUUAAGAUGGAACAUGG